AUGGACAAGCAACAUCUCCCUUCAGCCUCACAGGCUCAAACUCCCGAUGAUGUCAAUUCAAUCGAUGAGGAGCUUUCUGCAGCCCAUAUAGUUUUGGAAGAUGAGAAUGCAAGCCAAGGUGCUCUAACUCUUCGGAUGUGGGUCAUCGGUGUCGUGUUUUCCAUCGUUGGCUGCGGUUUGAAUACAAUUUUUGAGCUGCGAAGCCCAUCUAUCAGUAUCGCGAAGUCAACGGCCCAAUUGCUGGCUUUCCCGGUUGCCCGUCUCUGGGACCGCUGGGUUCCAAACUGCGAGGUCACAAUUUGGAGAUGGAAACUCCGUUUGAACCCACAUCCAUUCAACAAGAAGGAACAUACGCUUAUUUUCAUCAUGGCAAACAUUAGCUUCUAUACCCGAAUGACUGUCGAUCUUCUUAUAGAACAAAAGAUGUUUUUCGGGAAAGAAACUGGAUGGGGCUUCGAGAUAAUGAUGAUACUAGCAUUGUAUCUGAUUGGUUUUGCGUUUUCUGGACUUACUAGAUCAACUCUAAUAAAGCCUCGGGAUAUUAUCUGGCCCGGAAUUCUCAGCACUACUGCUUUGACGGGAGUUUUACACCGUCAUGGGGGGCUUGAAAACGCAAGUUCAUCAAGUUGGAAGGUUUCGGGCUUUACGUUCUUUUCUGUCGUGUUCUUUGCGUCUUUCUGCUGGUACUGGCUACCGGGCUUUCUAUUCCCGGCAUUGAGUUACUUCAGCUUUCCCUGUUGGAUAAACCCGUCCAAUCGCCUGGUUAACCAACUGUUUGGUGUAUCCUCUGGCAUGGGGCUUUUGCCUCUUACUCUCGAUUGGAGCCAAGUAGCAUAUGUUACAUCUCCGUUGCUUGUGCCAUUCUGGGCAAUCGCAAAUGUCGCUAUCUCGCUUGUGUUCUGGGUAUACAUCGUGGCCACGGCUUGUUAUUACAUGAACGUAUGGAAUGUUGGGUAUCUGCCGUUCCAGAGUUCUAGCAUCUAUGAUAACACUGGAAAUAUUUACAACGUAUCCAAGAUCCUGGCAGAAGGCGAUAUGUUCCAACUCGAUGUUUCCAAAUACGAGAGCUAUUCACCGGUCUUUAUGCCCAUCACAUACGCAUUGAAUUCAUUCGCCCUGGCCAUCGCGACGUUGGCUUCGCUCAUAGUAUGGGUAUCUCUCGAGCAUGGCGACGUGCUGCUGGCAGCUAUGAAAAAGCCUUGGGAUAUCACCCGAGCAUUAUGGUGGAACGACUCAAAGAACGUGAAAGAGAUACCAAAGAAGACAGAAGACGUUCCUAUGUGGUGGUAUACUGUCUGUCUUGUUCUAGGUCUGUUUUUUGCUAUCUUCUCGAUCGAGUUUUGGGAUCUCGAUCUACGAUGGUAUGGAGUAAUUUUCUCUUUCCUAAUUAGUGGUAUUUUCUAUUACCCUGUGACCUUGAUCUACGCUACUGCCAACCUCAAAGUCGGCAUUGAAAUCUUUUGCCGAAUCGUUGGUGGGUUCCUCUGGGAAGGCAAACCUCUGGCAAAUAACUGGUUCGUGGGACUGGGUUACACGACAAUCUUGAAUGGACUCUCGUUCUCUCAGGACAUGAAGCUAUGCUCCUAUUAUUUUAUAAAAGCGGAAGUGGUAUUUCUAGUACAGUGUGUCGGCAUUGGUAUUGGGACUAUCGGUCAAGUCUCCGUCAUGAACUGGGCAUUGGGGCAUAUCAAAGGGAUUUGCACCACCGACGCUAUCAAUGGAUUUUCUUGUCCAUUCGCAAGGACUGAUUUCAACACCAGUAUCAUUUGGGGGGCUAUUGGCCCACGUCGAUUCUUCUCCGUCGCUUCCGGUUACAGAAGCCUCUUUUACAUUUUGAUACUUGGUGGUACUCUUCCAAUGGUUGUGAAUCUCUUAAAGCGGAGAUAUCCAAAGUCCAUGUGGAAAUAUGUCAAUGUGCCCCUGUUUCUAGGGGGGUUAAAUUAUAUCCCCCCUGCGACUGGCAUGAACUACGGCAGCUGGGCUAUUGUUGGUCUCGUCUUCGGGUAUUAUAUUCGAAGAAAUCACAACGCGUGGUGGCGGAGUUAUAAUUAUGUGCUCGGCAGUGCCUUCGAUUCUUCAGUCUCGUUAGCUGGAUUGGUUAUCUUUUUUGCAGUGUUCUACACAGGCGUAUCGCAGGAUUUCAGUUGGUGGGGGACGGAAGUUUACAAGAACACUUGCGACUACAAAGGAUGCCCAAAUUUGUCUCUUCCGCAAGGUGGGCACUUCUAAGGUUGACCAGUUGGGUAAGUUUUGCUUGACUUUGGGUUUCGGUCACUACCAGAAGCUCAAAGGUUGCCUGUGCAAUCCCCUGGAUGUUGAGAGACCGGGAUAUUCAUUGCCAUCAAGAAGCAGGCUUCAGUAUGAAAUGGUAGAUCCCAGUUGGAACUUCUUGAAAACGCACUGUGGUUGUGCAUUGGAGAGGAACAAGAC